AUGUUCAUGGAUCGAGAGGCUGCCAUUCAUUUUAUCGGCGGCGCCGCUGGUGGCACUGCUGGUCAGUUUUUUCCUACUAGGAGACGUCUUGAAAAACGGUGGAAAAUUGCAAAAUCUACAAGUUUCUGUCUCAGGCACAGCAAUAACGUGUCCGUUGGAGGUGGUGAAGACGCGAAUGCAGUCGUCGCGCGGACUUGACACCCAAUCGGGGCCGAGCACCUCGUCGGGCGGCUCCAAGUCCUCCUCUUCCUCCUCAUCGAACGCCUCGAGCAACAAAUCCAGCGGAAUCAUCAAAUCGGUCGUCUCGCAGAGAAACGGAUAUGGCAAGUUUUUGGUUUUGGGCGAAAUAUGGAAAAAGCGCAAUCGAUUUUUGAGAGAGCGAAAAUCAGUCUAAAUCCUUUAACAACCCGACAAACAUUGUAGGCUCGAACUUUCGCGGUCAAUUCGCUUUGGAGAGGAUUUUCAGCGGUAGCGGCCUGAAUGCGGCCUUCUCGAAAGUCAAUUUUUUGGGCCAAGGUGAGAAUUGUCAAUUUGCAAAAGUUUGAUGCAAAAUUGAUCUGAAUUGUUCUAUAAAAUUUGCGUUUUCAGCGUCGAACCCGACCGCAUCGUCACUGGUCCAGUAUUGUGUGCGUAAUGUGUCGACGAACACGGCAUCGGAGACGCCGCCACGUCGCGGAACCAUCGUCUUUCGAUAUAUUCGGUGAUUUUCGUCGUUGUCCGCUCGAAAUUGACGCAUUUUGUAGGCAAGUUGUCAAGACGGAAGGCAUCGGAGCACUCUACAAAGGACUCGUUCCGAAUCUCAUCGGGGUCGCACCUUCCAAGUGAGAUUUUGGCGAAAAAUUGCAAAAUUCACGAUCUUUCUGUGUUCAAUUUACGUCAAACAUUCGAAAUAUUGAGAAAAUUAGCGUUCUCGACAAUUUCUACCAAUUACGAAGUCUCGGUUGAAUUUCCCUCAAACAGUCAAAAAAGUCAACAUUUCGAUUGCAGAGCAGUGUACUUCUACACGUACUCGUCGUCGAAACGCUUCUGGAACGAAUCGGACAUCUUCUUGCCGAACUCGGCGAUCGUGCACAUGGUCUCCGCCGGAUCGGCCGGUUUUGUGGCCGCGUCGGCGGUCAACCCGAUCUGGUUGGUCAAAACACGACUGCAAUUGUAUCAGGGGCGCAUCGGAAUCUGGCAGAUGAUCAAGAGAGUCUACUCGCGAGAGGGAUUCAAGGGAUUCUACAAGGUCGGUUGAUUUUACGAAGGUUUUGCCUUUCAUGUCGAUUUCUCUCAAAAUCUUGUAAUUUGCAGGGCGUGACGGCGUCGUACGCGGGCGUCUCGGAGACAAUGAUCCAAUUCUGUAUAUACGAGUACUUCCGCGGCGUUUUGCUGAGCGACACGGACGAGAUGGACAAGAGGAAGAUGGACUUUCUCAACUUUAUGGUCGCCGGCGGCUCGGCCAAAUUCAUCGCGUGCGUCGUCGCCUACCCGCACGAGGUGGUCCGUACGAGACUGCGCGAGGAGUCCGAAGGCACCAGGGGCUUCUUCCGGACACUCCAUCAACUGUACAAGGAGGGAUAUCGCGCAAUGUACAGGGGACUCUCCGUUCAGGUUCGUACCGUGGAAAAAACGAUUUUAUGGCCUACAUAAUAUCCGAUUUUCAGCUAAUGCGCACCGUUCCAAACACGGCGAUCACGAUGGGAACGUACGAAUUCGUGAUCUCCCUGCUGCACAGCCUCUAA